UUUUCCCAACCCCCUGCUCCAAACCGCGCCCUCCUGCGCUGGGAUUAGCCACCAGUAUACUCGCACCAGCAUUUAGUCUUCAACCCAAUAGGCUGCCUACUACGAGCUACGAGCCAAUCCUGUCGGAGCAGGGCGGGGCUUGCCGGAAAACGGGUGGAGAAAACAAGCGCUCACUCGUGCUGGUCGGAUAAAACAGCUCUGAGGACAGUUUCUCCGGCGCUCCUCACCCUGAGCAGAGCUUGUGAGAAGUGUGUCGUCAUGGAGGAGCUUCGGGGAAGUUUUCCGAGUUUAUGCUGCGUCAGCAGAACCACCGCUGCCUGUGAGCGCCGAUAACUUUGCGCUGGGUUAAACUGGGUGGAUUAUUAGAGCAGCAGUGACUGUCACUCAUAUCGUAGUCGAAACGUAGCUGAACAUCGAGAAAGAACAGCAGUCGGUCUGUGCUGACGUCUCCAUGUCCUUCACGCACAGAUACAGCAGGACACUGUUGUCCUGCACGCACCGAGCGCGCUUCUGAUGGUGCAUUGCUGUUGGCGCACUAUCUAAUGUGCUAGUAUGCGCUUUUUGGAUGUUGCUCGAGUCCCAGACGAGAUUAAAAAGUCUGAAACGUGUUUCCUUCCUUGCGUUCACGCAAGCCUGGGAUGUCGGUGAGCGGACGGACGGUUUGGUGCAGAGACCCAGGCGGGCUCCUCUCCUUCAGAGGGAAUGUCCAGAUCAGCGCGCGGUACUGCUGCGAGCUCGGAAAGACUAAAAGCGGAGAGCUCGUCCACUAGGAGCUGGUGUUUGGGUGAAAAGCGCCGCUGCGGAUUGGCGAAGGCUGUGCGUAAUGGGCGCACCAGAGCAGGACGCGCCGUGGGGUCCGCUUUAAGGAUGGGUUUUCUCGUAUAAGUGUUCUUCUGAGGUUCUCCCAUCAGAGAGAACGACAAAGGAGCGGCGGAGAGGCGCACGAAGCGCGAUGUCCUUGUCGCUGUCCGUGGUGCUGAAGUCCGGAUGAUGCCUGCUCAGAGGUUGCCAGGCUGCCGCUCGCUGCACGUCAACGAGGACAACGGGCGCUUCGUGCUGCUGGCCAUCCUAAUCCUGGUGUACCUGCUGUGCGGCGCGGCGAUCUUCUCGGCCAUCGAGAGGCCCUCCGAGCUGCGCGCGCGUGGGCGCUGGAACCGGACCCUGCAUAACUUCAGCGAAGCCUUCAACGUGAGCCUGCAGGAGCUCAGCUCUUUCCUACGGGAGUACGAGAGCGCCGUGGCCGCGGGGAUCCGCGCAGACUCCCUCAGGCCGAGAUGGGACUUUACGGGAGCCUUCUACUUCGUCGGGACGGUCGUGUCCACCAUCGGCUUUGGGAUGACCACCCCAGUGACAGUGGCUGGCAAAGUGUUCCUGAUCUUCUAUGGCCUUCUCGGCUGUGCGGCCACCAUCCUUUUCUUCAACCUCUUCCUGGAGCGGAUCAUCACCUUGCUGGCCGUGGUGAUGAAAGCAUUUCGGCUGCGUCGCUUGCGCACCAGUGGCCUCCUUCCACCCGGGAUCUGCCAGGACUUUGCGGCCAGCAGUCUUCCGGGCUGGAAGCCGUCUGUCUACCACGUGAUGCUGAUCCUGGGCCUGUCGGCUAUUGUCAUCUCCUGCUGCGCCUCAGCCAUGUACACCCCCGUGGAAGGCUGGGCCUACCUUGACUCGCUCUACUUUUGCUUCGUCACAUUCAGCACCAUUGGCUUCGGAGACCUGGUCAGCAGCCAGAGCGAAGCCUAUGACUACCAGGGCCUGUACCGGCUCGCCAACUUCCUCUUCAUUUUGACGGGCGUCUGCUGUAUCUACUCGCUCUUUAAUGUGAUCUCCAUCGUCAUCAAACAGGUGCUCAAUUGGAUGCUGGGCAAGAUGAGUUGCCUUUGCUGCCAGCGUUGCAACAAGGCCAAUGCCUUCUUAGGACGACGCAACGCCAUCCGGCCCGGCUCGCGCCUCAGGCAGGGGCGCUUUGGCCGGCCACCCGAUGCAGAAGGGAGCGACACAGAAGGAAGGAGACUCUCUGGUGAGAUGAUUUCCAUGCGGGACUUAACAGGCUCCAACAAAAUCUCACUGGCCAUCAUGCAGAAGCAGCUCUCAGAGUCAGCAAACGGAUACCCAAGGACAGUCUGUGGAAGCUCAAGGCACAAUGGCUUCUCUGGUGGAGUUGGAGCUCUGGGCAUUAUGAACAACAGGCUUGCAGAAACUAGUGACACCAGGUAGAACCAUCUUAUGGAUCAGCAGAACAAUAUAGGAGAUAUUCUGGCUUGCAGGGAAGUCUUUCAAGAUGCCCAGAGGGUUGUGAUGGAUUUUGUUUGGGCUGCAUUCUGACUUUGCUUUGUACAAGAGUUCCAGUGAAAAAGCAUGAUAUGCAUGAAGCAUUUUGGAUAUCUAUUUGAGUCAGGGUUAAUACCUGGGGUGGUGGUAGCCCUCUGGUCAGGGAAUUAGACUUAUUUGAUCUCAGUUGAGUGUGGCACUUAACCCCAGAUGCUAUACACUUCAGCUGGUUAACACAGGUCGCUUCAGAUAAAGGAUCAGCGUUCUGCAGUUCUGGAAAAACAUGGGUUCAUUCACAUUUCCAGGAAUGUGCUGAAGGUCAGAAAGUUUGUAGUAGAGUGAGUCCAGCUUUAGUCCAACUCUAAAAGUUACAUCAGCUCUGAGCUACAUCAAAAAUAGCCCAACAAAGUGAUCUAAACUUAGACCCAAGCACUGUUCAGGAGGCCAUCCAUGAUUGAUUUACAGCCUCAUUCAUCUCUCUGAUCUGAAGGUUAAGGUAGCACUUUCAACCCCCAGACUCAUGCUCACAUAUGCCUGCAUUUCAGCUAUGCAUUAUAUCUUUCACAUAAGCUUUUUUGACUGAAAAUAGCCCUGAGCCAGUAAGCAAAUUAUGUAAAUAUAAAAGCAGGCUGUACAUAUCAGAACAGUAUUAGCACACUCUUUAAAAUAAAGUUUGCUUAAUUGUUCCUGGCUUGGGGGAAAAAUCUUUUGAGCUGGUAUAGAUACUUCACAUCAUGUGAAGGUUGUUCAAACUUUACAAAGGUUCUUCACAUUCAAAUAUUUCUAUUACAAAAAGAAUCAGCCACUUAAAAGUUUUUUUGGAACCAAAAGUGUCUCUUCUGUGUCUCCAAAGAACCCUUUUUGUCACCUUUAUAUUGAAGAGUGCAGGUCUGUCAGCUUCUUAACUUUAGCUCCCUUUAAUAAGAAAAGUAAAAGCUGAAGAGGUCCCAUGCUUGUAUAAAUAAAGAAAUAACAUGAGGGGAAUCCAAGUAAAAUUCCUGAAUAAUUAAGUGGUGAAGAUGUAAACAGAGUUGUUCAGAGUGAUCUGGUGUAAAAUUCUCCAUUCCAGAGAAACUUACAGCCGUUCACAGUGUUGGUGAUAGGAACCAGACAUCCACUUCUAAAAGCUCCCUCACAGAAAGUUCCUACAUUAAAUGGAAUUCACUGCCUGAUGACUGAGACACUGUUUUAUGAUGGUUUUGAGAUAAAAUGUCUUUUCUGAAAAUCUGUUUGUGGUGAAGAAGUACGUGCAGGGCAUUUUGAGGCAAAACGUUCCCCAAAAAAGUGUUGAUCUUCAUUCUUCAGCCAUUCUUGAGAAGAAAUGCCUUCAUAAAAUCCACUUACGCAGUUCUAACAUACACCAGUGUUCUCUUAUCUGGGAUUAUCUGGGAUCUGGGAACACUUAAGAACAAAUUUAGGAAGAUGUUGGAGAAGGACUUUGUUUACAUCUCAGCCACUUCAUUAUGUAGGAAUUGAUGAAAAAUUGAUGGAUUUUAUACUUGGACGAAGUAUAGUCUUUCUGUUCAUUAGUAAAUGUCAAUGUUCUUGGUAAAACAGAGUAAAAGUACAGAAGUACUUGCUUUGGAAUGUAUCAAAAGUAUUUGAUAAACACAUUUUUUUCUGCAACCACACAAAUCUAAAAUAAUUCUGAACAAGACUUACAAUAACUCUACUUUUAUUUUUUAUACAUCAGUACAUUCACAAUUAAAUACUUUUACUCAAGCAGAAAUACCCUGACUUUUACUCAAGCAGGAUUUUACCAAGAGUAUUAAUGCCUUUACCAUUUUGUAUAACUUACAUGGUCCAUUCUGGACAUUGUUGACUUGGACAGCUGACUCUAAGUUGCUCUGAUGCAUUUCUAAUAAUUUCCUCCUAUGCAGCAUUUCCUGAUCACAGAUUUAGACCAUUAACAUCUGCAAAAUUGAGUAUAAAAGGUACCCAAAUCUAUUACACAGUGUCUUUGCAUGGCUGUAAUUAGUACCAUAAUAGACUGGAUGUGAAAAUCCCACCUUCAGAGCUUUGAGUUAAGCCCAAGGUUAAACUGUCUGACUGUGGAAAUAAACAAUCAAAAGCCUGGGUCUUCCUGGGAGUCUUUAAGGAGGAUCAGUCAUAUCGAUUGGCCUCAGAAUCAGGAGAAACGGCCCUUUUUUUUAACAGAAUGCCUCUUUACCUGUUCAAAGUCGACGCUCAAUCAACAGUAAUUAUGCAUAUUUGCUGCUUUUAGCAUUGCCUCAGAGAAGAACACAAAUCAGAGUCGUUACUGGGAAAUCAGACGACUUUGAGGUUUUCACUCUCAAAGCACUGUGAGAUCCUGCAGAGCUUCAAAGAGAGGAGCGAAGGGGGAGAGCUAGGGAUAGCACAAAGAUAAAGGAGUGAAGAGCCCCCAAGAGAAAGGAUGAGGCAUUUAUCAGAGUAGAGCAAGGAUACAGAGUUAGAGCUCUGAGCGCUGGGCUGGCAGAUGUCUGACCGCGGCUACUGCCAAAUACUGCUGUCUCAGACACACAGACUUAUGCAGAUGUACACUUAUAUAAGCUUUAGAAACAAACUUAGUAAGGGAACAUUUAUAUUAGUCAGGCACAUCAAUGGAUGUAUUCGCUCCUUUAAGUCAAAAUGUAUGCAAUUAAUUAUUUACUUGUUGAAUAAUGAAACAAGGAUCUUUAAAGUUGCUUAACAUGCAUGCAGCUUCACAGAAACACACAGUGCUGAGCAAAAGUCAGAGACCACCUUUCAUUUAUUUAGGAAAUCACACAGAAUCCUCAGCAGCUCACUCUAAUCUCAGCUGUGCUCAGUCAGUGAGUCUCUCUGUCUCUUCAUUCCAGCUUCCAUUCUUCUCAGGAGACUCGCGUUCAGCUCCUCAAAGAAUCUGCAGACACGCCUCCAAAGCUCAGUCA